AUGGAUUUGAUGGGAAAUUGGUCCCGAGUAUAUCCACGGGUCCUGAAAGAAAUCAUUCUAAGGCCUCUAGCAACCCCUCCCCUUCUUCAGAAUAUGAUGAUGGUAUACCCGGAAGAGUCGGGGAGGCUAGUUCCAGCACAUCUCCCGUGCUUAGCAGACAUCAAAAAAAUUUCCGAAAUAGUGGGAAUAUAUCUGAGUUGGUGGAUGAGAAAGACAAUCGACGAGUUUUCAGCAGAAGCAAUACCAUGGGAGCUGCAGUUCCUUUCCGACCCCGUACCUGUGCUUCCUCGAGAGCGAAAAGCCCUAUCAAUUACCAAGAAUUGGCUAAUGGUGCAAGCGGGAAGCGAAACCGAUAACGUCAAAUGGCUUCAUUUGACAAAGGUAUGUACCCAAAUAUCACUGAAAAUGGCGUGGGGAUUCUCGAAGAUGGACGGGGGAAUAAUGGCGGGGGUCAAGAUGAAGGUGAAUGGAGAUAUUCUGUUCAGUUCGAAAGCAGAAAGAAUGGUGACGAUCAACUACCAGACACACCCGGAUAUUCUCGGGGAGUUAUUAAACCUUCCACCUCUCAAUCUGGGAAUGUCAAUUCUUCUUUGGAAUGCUAGAGGGGUGGCUCGUCAAGGUUUUAGAAGAAAUAUUAGGCAGUUAAUCAGGGACCAUGAUCCUAUGAUUAUCAUAAUCACCGAAACAAGGGUGGCUCGGGACAACAUUGAGGAGAUUAUUAGUAGCUUGCCCUUCAACUCGUUUGAAACUGUGGAACCGCAAGGCUACUCGGGAGGCAUUCUUAUGUUAUGGAAUGAGGGCCUUCACUCCUUCACAACCAUAACAAAAGAGCCACGAGCAAUUCAUGGUGUGAUUCAGGUUCAGAACUACUCUCCCUUUUUUAUUUCUGUUUUAUAUGCUAAUACAAAGUACAAAGGUAGACUUGAAAUGUGGGAUAAUCUUAUUAACACGAGCAAAAAUAUUAGCAUGCCUUGGCUUGUUACUGGUGACUUUAAUGAAGUAAUUUACCACCAUGAAAAGUUUGGAGGCAAUCCUCCUAAAGACUAUAAAAUGCGGAAGUACAAGGAAACUAUGGAAAUUUGUGGUUUGCAUGAUCUGGGUUUCAUUGGCAGCAAGUAUACUUGGUUUAAUAAAAGAAGGAGCUAUCCUAUUUUUGAAAGAUUAGAUAGGGGGUGGGGUUGUGAUAAUUGGGCUUUAACUUUUCCUAAUACUGUUGUGAACAAUCUUCCUAGAUUAUCCUCUGACCAUAACCCCCUGCUAAUCACUCUAAAAACUGCUGAAAAGGAAAAGGUGAAAAAGUUUUUUAAAUUUGAACCCAUGUGGCUCCAAAAUCCCCCUUUUGAUCCUUGGGUUAGACUCCAGUGGACUGCAAGUCCCAACCUUUUGCAUUGUAAACUAGCGGACCUAAGUAGGGAAAUACCUUCUUGGAUCCAAAAGGAUAAUGACAUUUUUAAGAAGAAAAAAAUCUUGCAGGCGCGGCUUGUAGGGGCCCAAAGAGCUUUUGAAGCUGAACCAAAGAAUCCCUUCCUUUUCGACCUUGAGGCAAAAUUAAAUGUUGACCUUAAUCUAGUUUUAGACCAAGAGGAGGAAUACUGGCACAUCAGAUCUAGGACUAAUUGGUUAAUGCUUGGUGAUCGCAAUACCCAUUUUUUCCACCUUUCGACUAUAUUUAGAAGAAGAGCUAAUAAAAUUAUAAUGCUAAAAGAUGAUGUGGGAAAUAUCAUCACAAAUCCGAACGAUAUUAAUAAAACCAUUUUUCUCCAUUAUAAGAAUAUCUUUUCAUCCGAAGGAUCCGUAAUGCCUCCCGAAAUUAUUUCGCGUGAAUCCAUCAACUGUAGCUUGGUGCCCUCUCUAGUGGAAGUUAAAGAGGCUGUGUUCUCAAUUGGAGGCACCAAAGCGGCAGGUGAUGAUGGUUUCCAUGCUCUUUUAUACCACCACUUCUGGGAUACCAUUAAAGAGGAUUGUUUCAAUUGUGCUGCAGUCAUUUUCAGAAAUUGUGAGGUCCCCAAAUCUUGGAAUUCGACCCUUAUCUCGCUUAUCCCAAAAAUUGAGAACCCUCUACGGCUUAAUAACUUCAGGCCUAUAAAUUUAGUCAACACCUGUUAUAAAAUUGUGACAAAAAUAAUCGUUAGUAGAAUUAGGCCUCAUCUUCAAAAUGUUAUCUCUCCUAAUCAGAAUAGUUUCAUUGCGGGUAGGGGUGCGGAGGAGAAUUACAUUAUUGCAUCGGAAAUUCUCCACUCUAUGAAUAAGAAGAAGGGGGAAAAAGGGCCUCUUUGCUCUUAA